AUGUAUACGUCAAGGAAGAAGAUUCACAAGGACAAGAACGCUGAACCCACUGAAUUUGAAGAGUCAGUUGGACAGGCAAUCUUUGAUUUGGAAACAAACUCGGACCUGAAAAGUGAACUGAAGGAUCUAUAUACAAUUCAGCUGUGCUUAUCGCAAGAUCCAUGUUCGGAUGUGAGGGAGCUAGAGAAGAAAUUCAGUGGAAAGGAUGUAGUUCUGAUCGCCACACGGAGGAUAGUGAGGCCUCCAAAGAAAGGGUCUGCUGUCCAACGGCCCCGCACUCGUACUCUAACUGCUGUGCAUGAGGCAAUGUUGGAGGAUGUUGUUUUGCCUGCUGAGAUUGUUGGUAAACGAACUAGAUAUCGACUUGAUGGGUCCAAGAUAAUGAAGGUAAGCUGUCGAAGGAAAACAUUUGUUUGA